UGGGACGAGUAAACGCACCCCCUUCGUUUCCAGAGACCGGUUCUGAACUACGCCGAAAGCCAUGUCCUCCCCUUCCCCAAGAUGGAAGCUCCUCUGCCCUUUGUCUUUCUCUCCACCUCCCCACCACCGCCUUCAUUCAUCCCUGCUCUCUUCUCCUUCUGGUGCUCCUGGGAGCGAGAAAAGCGGCGUCGAGGGGAAAAGAAGAAGGGGAAGAGAAGGAGAUGGGGCGAGGGAAGAUUGAGAUCAAGCGGAUCGAGAACUCCACCAACCGGCAGGUAACCUUCUCCAAGCGGCGGAAUGGGAUCAUCAAGAAGGCCCGGGAGAUAAGCGUGCUCUGCGAUGCCCAGGUCUCCCUCGUCAUCUUCUCCAGCUCCGGGAAGAUGUCCGAGUACUGCAGCCCCUCCACCACGUUGUCGAGGUUGCUGGAGAAGUACCAGGUGAACUCUGGCAAGAAGCUCUGGGAUGUCAAGCACGAGAUGAAAACAGGUGUUAAAGAAGAGAAGUUCGGCUAUUUUUGGUUAAUUUCUGUUGGCCUGUUUCAGAAUCUGAGUGUUGAGAUUGACCGAAUCAAGAAGGAGAAUGACAACAUGCAGAUUGAGCUGAGGCAUUUGAAGGGUGGCGAUCUGAACUCGCUGAACCCAAAGGAACUCAUUCUAAUUGAGGAUGUCCUCCAGAAUGGUCUCACCAGUGUUAGGGGCAAGCAGAUGGAUUUCUUGAAGAAGCUCAAGAAGAAUGAGAGAUUGCUGGAAGAGGAGAACAAGCAUCUGACUUUUCUAUUGCAUCACCAGGAAUUGGCAAUGAAUGGAAAUGUAAGGGAAUUGGAGCUUGGGGAUCCUCUGAAAGCUAGGGAUUUUGCAUGCCAGAUUCCAAUAGCCUUCCGUGUGCAACCAAUCCAGCCUAAUUUGCAAGAGAACAAAUAAUAUAAAAGUCUCCUCAUGUUUACUUGGCAUUCUGUUUGGUGCAAAAUUGUCUGUGGACAUGUAAUAUGUUCUUUUCUGUACUCUCCCUAUUUUCCUUCUGCUUGAAUUAGCAAAAGUACUCAUUAUGAUGGGCUAAUAGAUGGCUGGUUUAAGUUAA